UUCAUUCAUUUCAUACAUAUUUGUCUCUCUUAAAUGUGUUUAUUCCCCCUUUUGUAGUAACCACUCAAAAGGCUUUACUUCACUUCAGAAAUGGCUUUGUCUCUUAUCUUUCUAGCUCUCUUAGUGUUGUGCCCUAGUAGUGGUCUUAGCCAGGGUUCUCCUUCACCGGGAUACUACCCGAGUUCCCGAGUAGCGACUUCAUCUUUUGAUCGCGAAUUCCGUACUUUAUGGGGCUCUCAACACCAACGUAGAGAGCAAGACGUUAUCACUCUUUGGCUCGACAAAUCCACUGGGAGUGGGUUCAAGUCUCUUCGUCCAUACCGGUCGGGCUACUUUGGUGCUUCCAUUAAGCUCCAACCAGGCUUCACGGCUGGAGUUGAUACAUCCCUCUACCUCUCAAACAACCAAGAGCAUCCUGGAGACCACGACGAGGUUGAUAUCGAGUUUCUAGGGACGACGCCAGGGAAGCCUUAUUCUCUUCAAACGAAUGUAUUCGCUAGAGGAAGUGGCGACCGAAAUGUCAUAGGAAGAGAAAUGAAAUUUACCUUGUGGUUUGACCCUACUCAAGAUUUUCACCAUUACGCAAUUUUGUUGAACCCUAACCAAAUUGUAUUCUUCGUAGACGAUAUACCGAUACGUACAUAUGAUAGAAAGAAUGAAGCUACGUUCCCCACUAGACCGAUGUGGGUGUAUGGAUCGAUAUGGGAUGCCUCGGACUGGGCCACGGAAAAUGGAAGGAUUAAAGCCGACUAUCGAUACCAACCAUUUGUGGCUAAGUACAAAAACUUUAAGCUAGCCGGAUGCACAGCGGAUAGCUCUAGCUCAUGCAGACCGCCAUCGCCUGCACCAAUCAGCAACCGUGGGUUGAGCCGGCAGCAGAUGGCGGCAUUGGCAUGGGCACAGAGGAACUUCUUGGUCUAUAACUAUUGCCAUGACCCGAAAAGAGACCAUACCCAAACACCAGAAUGCUAAAACAAACAAACAAACAAAAGAAAGGUUUUAAUAAUUUUUAUUUUGCAUU